AGUCUGGGAGUGACGCCGCAGCGCUGAACGAGCAGAACAUUUCUACUGUCAAGAUGGCGACAUCGGAGCCGAAAGCACCUGAAACUGAAGAUCAACCGACUGACAGCCAGGUCGUUGCAAAUCCCGAGCAGUAUGUUAAACACCCCUUGCAAAACAGAUGGGCCCUGUGGUAUUUCAAAAAUGACAAGAGCAAAAGCUGGACAGAGAACUUGCGUCUCAUUUCCAAAUUUGACACAGUGGAAGACUUUUGGGCAUUAUACAACCACAUACAGCAACCAAGCAAACUUGGCUUUGGCUGCGAUUAUUGCUUAUUUAAGGAUGGGAUUAAGCCGAUGUGGGAGGAUGACAGGAACAAGCUGGGAGGUCGAUGGCUGAUGACUCUCAAUAAACAACAGAGACACAACGACCUCGACCGCUACUGGAUGGAAACGCUCUUGUGUUUAGUUGGUGAGUCGUUCGAUGAGGCGAGUGAAGAUGUGUGCGGCGCUGUUGUCAACGUCAGACCUAAAGGUGACAAAAUAGCCAUCUGGACGAGCAACUGCCAAAACAGGGAUGCCAUCAUGACGAUAGGGCAACUUUAUAAAGAGCGCCUGAACAUCCCCAUCAAAGCCAUCAUUGGCUACCAGUCGCAUGAUGACACGUCCAGCAAGAGCGGAUCCACCACCAAGAACAUGUACUCUGUUUGAAACCCUCUCCAAAAAACAAAAACAAACAACAACCCUCUUUCAACUUCCUGUAGAUUUAAACAAUUACCAAUCCGCAACAUCACAUUAAUAACUUUUUGAGUUGUCAACUACUGUAGUGUCCUUUCCUUUUACCGAAAAGACAGUUGUUCUUGGUGUGUAGUGUUGGAGCUCCCCCCCCCCACACACACACAACAUGAGAUAUAACAGUGGAGAGGUUUUCAAAAUAAGAGGAUUUGGAUGAAUAUGUUAUACACAAGCAUCAGCUAGAGAACACAAGUCACUUCCCUUUUAGAACUGAAAAGUAAUCAUACCAGUAACCUUCCCUCCUUACAAAACAUACGCGUUCCUCACCUCACAGAAGAAGAUGAUAGACAACUUAUCCUGUCAAAGGGCAAAUUUUAAGAGCAAUUUUAACUAGAUUUUUUCCAGAAGUGUUAAGCAUGAGCUGGACUUUCAGACACACCGGUUUGAAAAAUCUACAGUAUCUUUAAAGAUUUGUUAAAAAGCUGUGGUCACAAAUCCAAAGUGUAUGGUUUGGAUAAAGGUCACUUUUUUUGUUUCAGCCAUGCUGGAACUGUGGAAUAUUGCUUGUAGUACUAUUUGAACUUUAUUUUUUCCUUCCCCUUACAUUUAUUUAUAAUGUAUGCAUUGCAGUUGAUAGUUAACACAACCAUGAAAUCUGGUGUUUUUUUUCAAAUUGUUUUUUUUUUCCUUUUUCUCUUCUCUCUUUCUUUUCCUUUUUUGUUAUUGAGGUUGAUCAUGUGGACUACUGCAUAUAGAUGACAUUUUUUACAGUGUACCAUACAGUAAAGAUGCUGACAUACAUAGGUGUGCUUUUCACUGUUUUCUUCCUAACAAAAAACUGUAGAUAAUGUCGCACUUCUCUCUUGGUUGAUGCGAAGGAAAGAUGAUAUUCAUUGUGAAAUGACUGCUCAUAAUGUAUCUUUAUUAUCUGUAAUUCCAGGAUGUAUAUUACCUUCUUUCAAGUAAAGGUUAAGUGCUUUGCAUUAAAACCAGAACCACGUUGCCUCA